GCCACCGACCCCGGGAAUGUCACCCUCACCCAGCCCUGCUCAGCAGCACUUCUGAGGAGGAGGUGGCAUGAAGAAUGCAGAGGUGGCAGAGGCGGCUGCGGGCGGGGCUGGCCCUGUGCCUGCUGCUGCUCCUCUGGCGAUGUCUCCGAGCCCCCAGGGAUAGCCCCGAGCCCACCCCUUGGGCUCCCUCCCGCUGCCCCACCCGGGCCAGCGGCUCCGCCUGGUUCAACGCCCGCUUCGACCCGGCCGUGGGGCCUCUGCUGACGGGUGCAGGCCAGGAGUUCCCCCCUGAUGUGGUUCGCUGGUGGAUGACCCUGCAGGGGCGCCCCAGAGGUCUCCAGCUCCAGGCCAUAAUCCAGCAGCUCUUCACUGUCCUCCCGGCCCCAAACAACAGCUCCUGGGAGCCCUCUGGCUGCAGGACGUGUGCGGUGGUGGGGAACUCAGGGAAGCUCCAAGGUUCUGGCCACGGGCUGUGGAUCGACACCCACGACUGGGUGCUGCGGAUGAACAGAGCAAAGAUCACUGGCUUUGAGCUGGAUGUUGGCAGGAAAACAACCCAUCACUUCAUGUACCCAGAGAGCGCAGUGAACCUCAGGCCUGGUGUCCACCUGGUCCUUGUCCCCUUCAAGCCACUGGACCUGCAGUGGGUCACCAGCGCCUUCUCCACCGGAAAGCUCACACACACAUACGUGAGGGUGAAGCAGUUCAUCAGAGCUGACAGGAACAAGGUGCUGAUCCUGAGCCCAGCUUUCCUCAAGUACAUCCAUGACAAUUGGACUCAGCGGCACGGGCGCUACCCCUCCACCGGCUUCACCGCCCUGCUUUUCGCCCUGCACACCUGCCAGAGGGUCUCUGUGUUUGGCUUUGGAGCAGACAGUGAAGGGAACUGGCACCACUACUGGGAGAAAAACCGCUGGGCCGGAGCCUUUCGCAGGACGAGGGUCCACGACGCCGAUGUUGAAUUCAGUCUCAUCCAGAGGCUGGCAGCAGAAGCACUGCCCUGUGCCCAGGCUCACAGCCCUGUCCAGCCCUGGCAGUGGGUGCCAGGAGGUGACAGUUCUGUGGCACAAGGGAUGUGGGAUUUGGCUGGACACAGGGUGAGUCCUACUCUGUGCACACCAGCUGGGAGAGAGGGAGGGGAGACAGUGGAGCUGGAGGGGGCAUGAAGCUCAUGAGCUGAUGCGUGUGUCCCUGUGGUGGCCACAAAGCCACUGUGUGACAGCAGUGCUGGUGACAGCAGAUGCGCAGACUUGGCUGUCAGCGGGAUGGAGCUGACACUUCUACCCAGUCAUGGCUUCAGGGGAGGAUCAUAGCUGUUCUUUGGGAAGGGGAGAGUGUUCCUUUCCCAUCUAUUUAUAUAAAUAAGGAAACAUUUUUACAAUUUCAUCUAAGAGUAAUAAAGGAAAAG